CAUAUCACAACUGUCAACGUUUACCACUAAUAUAAUAAUUUUAUCUAAAAUUUCUAAAUAAAUUAUAAAAUUUUUACCCCAAUAUAUGUUCAUAUUUGCAUAUAAUUAUUUAUUUGUAUCUGAAAAAAAGUGACAAUGUCCUACAACUACGAAGAACUCAGUUUUGAUGAAGCACGAGACUUAUUGAGACAAUGGCGUGAGAGCAAUGAGAGACGAAGUGAAGAAAUAAUGGAGCUGUGGCUCACGGUGCUCAGUGAAAAUCUGGACAAAGUGGGCAAUGAAAAGCAUGUACUGCUGGAGCAGGUGAUAUAUGCUGCUUUGGACUGUCACUGUUACAGUGUAGCAAACUACUGUAUUGAUAUUCUCUCAAACGAGUUCCCUGGAAGUUUGAGAGUCAAGAGGUACCAGGCUGCACGACUUGAAGCCGAAGAGAAAUAUGCUGAAGCUGUCGAGGUCUUGGACAAAAUUGUUAGAGCAGAUGAAACAAACUCGGCCGUAUAUAAAAGGAUGAUAGCCAUACGCAAAGCUCGAGGGCAGAUUAAAGAGGCCAUUGAAGAUUUAGUUGACUAUUUAAAGAAAUUCAUAUCAGACGUGGAGGCGUGGCAGGAGCUGUGCGAGUUGUAUCUACAAAUGCAAGACUAUUCGCGCGCUGUAUACUGUGCUGAGGAGUUGAUCCUCCACCAGCCCCACAAUCAUCUUAUGCAGCAGCGUCUCGCAGAUAUACGGUACACCAUGGGAGGCAUCGAAAACAUGGAAUUGGCGAAAUCUUACUACUGUCAAGCAUUGAAACUCAAUCCUGACAAUAUGAGAGCUAUGCUUGGCCUGUUCCUGGCGACAAACAACCUGCUGAACCACUACAAGUCAUCAGGUAACAGUUCCAAACGUAAGGAAGUGUGGAAGUUGUGCCAAUGGGCGCAGUCGCAAGCCACCAAGAGGCAGCAGGAAGCUCGCGCCGCAGCCACUGCACCAACAGCGCCGGGGCUCUCACAAAUGAUGGUGGCGCUCGCCAUUACAGAAUGAACCUAAUUUAUUACCAUGUAGAGUAAAAACUAGAUUAACCGGCAUGAUUGUAUGUCACAUUCGGAUAAUGGAGUGUAUCAAAAGUCGUUUUUGUACAUACAUACUAUAUAUUAAUAAGUUUAGAAAUGUAACAACCAUUCUUGUAUUUUACUACAUUAUUGUUCGUUAUAUAGUUAUUUUACUGGGUUAUUUUUUUUUUUUAUUUAUAUCACAAUGACGGAAAACAGUCUUAUGGAUGAUAAUGGACUGGUGAACCCGCCUGCGCUAACUGUUUACUGACGGGGCACCAGUGGAGGACGAUAAGAGGAGCAUGAGGUCAGGUCAGUUAGCCUGUGGUAAAUUCACCAUGAAUAUAUCACAAUGGUUUCCAGGGGGAACUUGGAAGUCAAUCUGACAUUAUACAUUGCUAGCAAUUGUGUUAUUAAUGUACAAUACUAACAAUCCUCUUCACCCCGGUGGAAAACAGUCAUACGGCCCAUCUAAUGGUAGACGGUUAUCGUAGAUGAUGGAGGCCUGAAACACUAGAGGUGUUUACGCGUUGUGGUCUUUAAGAAACAUUCAAAUAUCAAGGGUUUCUUUAAAAAAAACCCAUUCUAUAAUCUCGAGAAAACUUCGGCAGGUAAUUGUUAAUAUAUGAUGCUAGGUGUUUAUUUAGAACAAAUUACAAUCCGGACAAUCACUAAUCCUAUGGGAGCCGGAUAAUCGGGUCUUUACUAUACAUGUGUUCCAUUAUGAAUGCACAUUUCACGGUUAAUCCGGGUUAGGAAUUUAAUUAACUGGUAAUUUUUUAAAUUGGUUUGUAAGAUGUGUUUCGUUUGGAGAGUGAGACAAGGUAUGAAGGCAUGACAUAUGAAUGCUCCGGAAUGGCAACACAUUAGGGUUAUCGCGGGCGUCUCACGUGACGUGAUGUACAUAGUGCGGGUAUAGGUGAUUAUCAAUAGAAUAGUAUAUAAAAUCAUUUAUUGAUAUAAACUUAAAUUAAAGCACUUUUGAAUAGUCAUCAUUUAUUUUUAACAUGCCGCUCAUUCGGAAAGCUCAUCACAAGUAAGAGCAAGAAACUUACGUGUUGCUCUUUUAAUAAUUUUGUUUGAACUUUACAUUAGAUUUAUAUAC